UUACGUGAUAAAAGCAUUGCGAGCGGCAAAACGGUUUGUUCGCGAAAAAACGCGGUAGGUCGAGGGCGAAGGCGCAAAUGUUGUUUUCGCCGAGGAUAACUUGGACGACUUAACCCGCACGGAAUCCGAGAACGUUGCUGCGAUUGUAAAUUUGGACGACGUUGAUUCAAUCUCGGUAAAAUAAAAUAAAUCAUUUGACACCCCGCCGACCGACAUGGAAGCGGUCGAGGAGGGCGAGCAGCCGAACAUUCUUCGGGAAAUAGCUAGUGAUGAGGAGCUGGCGAAGAUCCCGAGGGAGCUCGCGAGGAAGAUUCAUGCGCAUUUUACUAGCAAGUUCGACGAAUUUAUAACUGCCAAGGCGGUCGUCGAGACCUGCCGGAUGACUCUAGAACAAGUUUUGGAGAAGACGCAGAAGGAACUCUCGGAGCAUAAAUUGGAGCUCGAUGAAUAUAAGGGAAAAUUGGAGUUAGCUGAACAGAAUAAUACAGAGAUAUGUAACAAUCUUGAGGAAGUGAAGAAUGAAGUGCAUAGAUUACAAGAGUCUGUAAAACGAUUUGAGAAGGAAAAUGGCGAGUUACGGAGGCAGAGAGAUACAGUUACAGAUGAGACAAAUGCCUUACAACUGCAAGUUGAGAGGCGGGACACUGAAGUCGAGAGGAUGCGUAUUGAAUUGUCUUCUUUGAGCUCUCAGCUUCAAAAUGCUAUUGCAGUCAAGUGCCAAACUCUGAGUGAUACAGAGGAAAUUCGUAGUCGAGAAAUGACUUUAGAUUUUAAAGAGAAACGACUGGAGCAAGAACGAGUGCUGCUCUCCCAGCAAAUGGCAAGUCUCGAAGAAGAACUAGCUAAAAGGACCUCUGAAUUGCAAACAGCAAGAUCCGAAGCUUCUAGCAGAGCCCUCUUAAUUGACACCAAACUUUCUCAGCGUGAGGAAGAGCUACGAAUAGCUAAUGAAGCCAAUUCUCAAUUGCGAGAAUCAGUUUCUUCUCUUCAAAAACAAAAUGAUGAACUGGCACAGAAAUUGGAACAGCAGCGUGCCCACGAAAUCGCUAUAAAUGAUUCUUACCAGAAAGAAAUCAAUGCACAGAAGAAUCUAGCUAGUUUGUAUGAAUCUAUGAAGGAUGACGCUAAUGCAAAGGCUGAGGCAAUCUCCAAUGCAGCAAGCGAAUUACAGAAACUUGUAGACAGCACUGCAGAGGAGUAUGGAACCCUGGAAACAAAGUAUAAUCAAUUAAUGCUUCAGCAUAAGCAAGAUAUUGAUGAGAAAGAACAGAGUAUUCAGGCUCUGACAAAGGAAUUGGAACAUGCUAAUGAAUUGUUAAAGAAUAUCCAGCAAGAGAAAUUAGACCAAGCUGUAGAACAAUUGGCACCUACAGCGGCAAUAACAAGUCGAGUGUUACGAAAGGGUCUAAGUCUGACGCAGAUCUACACUCAAUUGGUUGAAGCUUCUAAUGAAUUGAUCUUGGAACGAGAAGAAAACGAACGAUUAAAGUCACAAAUGGAUCUGAUCCUUCGCGAAUUAGAGCAGAAAGCACCAGUAUUGCAACAACAGCGUCAAGAUUAUGAAACAGCCAUGUCAAAUAUAGCAACACUAACUUCUAGAUUGGACGAACUUCUUGCAGAGAAUCAACGUCUUCAUGAAAGUUCCGAUGAAGCUAACCGUCUCGCCAAACAUCACACUACAGAAAAUCAGAAAUUAAAAACUGAACUUGCUGACUUGGCCAGACAAGUAUGUUACCUUCUCAAAGAGGUUCAAGAAAGCCGCACCGGUACGCGCGUAGAAAAUAGAGACUUGUCAUCUUCCAUGGAUACAGAUGAUAUCUUAUCAUCACAAAUUAUUAGCAAGAAGCUAGUGACUUUCAAGGAUAUUGAGGAACUGCAAGAAAAUAAUCAGAAGCUUUUAGCAGUUGUUCGUGCAUUGUCAUCUAGGCAAGAAGAGAUUGAACGGGCUACCGAUCAGAUAAAUUCGGGCGAGAUGAAAGAGAAACUAGAUCGUUACAUGGAACAACUAGCAGAUAUGCAAGCUGCGCAAGACAGGCAUUCAAAGAUGAUGGAUGGUCUCUUAAAACAGAGAGACACAUAUAAGAUCAUGUAUCAACAAAUACUGAAAAACAAUGAGAAAAAGGAAACUGAGAAAGAUGUCGAAGAGCAUAAAUCGGACGAAGAGCCGAAGACGAAGGGUAAUGAAGAAAAGGAAGAGUGGUCCAAAAAGUUAAAAGAGACCGAAGACAAGCUUAAACAUAUUUCAGAUGAGUACGAGAUAUAUCGAAAAGAGCGGACUGCGCAUGAAAAGAUGUUGAGUGAGGAAGUAGAGAGACUUAGGAAAGAAGCAGAGGCAAAUUCAGCGAGAUGUUGUAGAUUGAGAGCACAAUUAGAUUCAGCGAAUGAGAGAUUUACAUUGCUGCAGGGCAACGUUGCUUCUUAUAAAUCCCAGAUCAAGGCCCUCGAAGAAAAAUGCACUAAUUACAACAUCACCAUUGGUAAACACGAGCAAAGUUUAAUGAUUUUAAAGGACGAGACGCUUGCCGCUCAGACUCGCUUAGCUCGAGCUGAAGUGCAACUAGAGAACCUUCGUCAAGAACGCCAACUCUUGAAGGACUCUGAAGGACGUCUCUUAAAGGAGCGAGAAGUCUAUCAGAGAGAAAGACAGACGCAAGUUUUGCUCAGAGCAGAUAUGGAAUCUAUCAAAGCCAGUCUGGAGCGAGUUCAAGCUGAAGGACACCUUAGAGCUGAACAGAGAUUUGACGAUGCCAAUAGAGAAUGCGCUGCUCUUCGGCGUCGUCUUCAGGAAGAGCAGGAUCGCUUCAGAGAAUUAGCAGGUCAUUUGGAGAGACAAUUUGCGACUGCACAGGACAGAUUAAAGGAAGAACGCGAAUUGAAUGAAAGAAUCCAAACUGAACUGGAUCAAACAAGAGAAUCUGAGACCCAAAGCAGUCAAAAAAUUGAUGAAUUAAGCAACAAAUUGAGGCAAGCUGCCGCCCAUUCCAUCGCUAAACCCUUGACAGGGGAUGAAAGUCUCGUAAAACGGGUUAAAGAACUAGAAAUGCAACUAGAUACCUAUCAGACUGAGACAAAGUCACUCUCUGAACAGCUGAAAAUGGCCAGACAGCAGAAUCAACAAUACUGUGACAUAGCGGAGAGCGCUGAAACGCAGCUGAGAGAAUUAACGGCCGAGUAUAACAAGUGUAAAGAGGAAUUGGAGACUGCUUUAAAAGAAUCACGCGUGGAAAUUAUUUCACUGCAGAAGAAGGUGAAGGAACUAAAUGAUGAAUUGGCGAAAAUAUCGAAUGGCAGGCAAGAAACUAAUUCAGAAUUGAGAGAUAGACUGGCGGAAGCCGAGAGAAAAGUCGAAGAACUGGAUGAGUUGAAAGGUGAAUUAGAGUUGUUGAAGAACGAUCUAAAAUCCGUUUCUAGCACAGUUAAAGAAGCAGAAGAUAAGUAUGCUAGGGAGAUGAUGCAGCAUUCGUCCGAUUUACAGAUUUUGGCCAAGCUGAAAGAAGAGGCCCAGCAAGUUCAGCAGAAGCUUAACAUUUUAACUCAAGAACGAAAUGCAGCGGUGGAAACUUUGGAAAUUGAAAAAUUAGCUUCUAAAGAAAGAGAGCAAAAGUUUGUGAACGAGAUUGAGGAAACACAAAAGAGGCUUGUAGAUCUAGAUGCGCAAAACGCGCUGCUGCAUAAUCAAAUUCAAGAAUUGGGCGACCGAGUUGCCGUCAUGCAGAGUCAGCAGACCAAGAUAAGUGGAGGGGAUAGUCCUGAUACUAGUUUCGAAGCUCUGAAUAAGAGUUUCAGUUCUUUAGAGGAAGAUUCCAAAUCAGUUGAACAAUUGUUGAGAGUCAUGAAGUAUUUAAGAAGAGAGAAAGACUUGGCUUUAGCUAAAUCUGAUGUUCUUAGAGCGGAAAAUCUUAGAUUGAAAUCGCAGACCGAAGUAGCCGAGAAGCGACUGAAAGAAACUGAGCUCUUGUUAAAUUCCGAACGAGAAAAAUCCGAAAUUAGUGUGAUGACUACAUCCAAGCAUGCGGAAUUGCUGCGCAAGGUGGAAACCUUGAACGCCAUUACAGAUUCCAACCGAAUCCUCAGAGAAGAACGAGAUCAUUUAAGUGCAAAAGUUAAUGAACUUUCAGCCAAAGUAAACUCUCUAUCGGAAGAAGUAGUGCCUCUUCGAGAUAUAUCCAGAAACUUGACAGCCAAAACUGAAGCUUUAAUGGAAGAGAAUAACAGUUUGAAGGGCGAGGCGACUAGAUGGAGGCAGAGAGCAAACACAUUAUUAGAAAAGGCGAAUAAAGCUAGUCCUGAAGAUUGGCGGCGGCUUCAAACCGAAAGAGAGAACUUAAGUAAACUGUUGACGUCAGAAAGGGAGAUUCAUGCCAAGAGAAGUGAGGAAUUUAAUCAAGUGAAAGCGGACAAGGUAAAACUCGAGGAACAAAUAACGGAGUUGCAGAAACAGAUGCAAGCGCAGGAUGAACAAAUAUCACGGACAUCUGAAGAGGCUCGCAAACUGGGGCAAGAUCUCAACGAGGCCCUAGCCGACUCUACCUCGAAGACGAAAGACUUAGUUUUCCUCAGAAAAGAAUUAGGCGACAAGGAAGUAGUUCUUAACGAUAUCAGGAAUAAAGAGAUUCAGAUCCGCAAAAUAGCUAAGAAAUACAAGACGCAAUUCGAGGAACUUGCGAGAACCGUGGAAGAAGAAAAGAACCGCAAUGAGGAAGCCAGGAAUGAGGAUACUUCCAGCGCGGCUGUGCAAGAUCGCGAGGAUCAGCUGAGAGAAGAGGGUCGUCAGGAGUUCCGUCAGGCGAAUGCCGAGCUUGUAACAAAGAUAGACGAGCUAACUCGCCAAGUGACGACGGUUCAAAACGAGGCCGACAACUUGAGAAAAGAGAUCGACGCUAUAAAUCGCAGCAGCGUGGAAAAGGAAGAGAGAGCGAAGCAAGUUCUCAAAGGUGCUAGGACCAAGAUUAUGCAGCUGACCGAGUCGAAGAAGAUUUGCGAAAAAGAAUUGUUAGACUUAAGAUCCAGGAUGGAAUCCGGAGGAAGCAGCGCGGGGGUUCAAGGGGAUCAUUCCGAUACUGAACACGACGCGCGAUUAGUGGCGUUAAAAUCGCAGAUGGAAGGCCGCAUCUCCAGACUGGAGCAUGAAAAAUUGGAGGUCCAGGCGGAGAAGGAGGCUCUGUUGCAGAGAGUUGCUCAGUUGCAGAGACAGCUGUCGGGAAUAAGCGGGGUGAGUGCAACUACAGAGCCGCCCACGGCGAACAUUAAGCCGAUGUCAGCGAGGGCGGAGACGCCUUUAGCGAGUAUCAGACCGAUGAGCGUCGUGCAAUCGAGAACGGCGGCUGUGUUGCCAACCACCGCUAGCGCGCCAGUCAUGGUUGCGCCGCAUCAGCAGCAGCAAGUGGUGCACACCACGGAAACAAGCUCGCCGACUAGUAGUCUAACCGACUUCCAGCCGGCAAGUACCAGCAGUUCUUCGCAAAGCGCGCAAACCAGCAGUAGUCUUCGUCAGUUGGUGGUGCAACCGCAAUUAAGUGAAUCCGCCGAAUCUACCCAGAGAGAAGACCCGGAAAGUGCGGAGACACUUAACAUGCAGCCGCAGCAGCAACAAUGCCAGCAACAGCAGCAGCAGCAAACGGUAGCACUGGUGAGCCCCAGAGUGGAGCAGCAACAGCAGCAGCAGCAGCAAGUUGCUAUCAGCGAUCAACAACAAACCGUAGCGAGUAGCUCCACGCAGUCGGUUAGCACGUCCCAAGCUUCCUCGGGACUAAAGAGACCCCGGGCCUUGGAUUCCACUGCCUCUGGGUCCGGAAUAGCCGAAGAAGUGGACCAUGGACGUCAGGAGCAAGUGCAGAGUCCAAAGACCAAGAGGAGUAGACAGGACGCGACUGCGAGUGCUAGUGCUUCGGAAGUGGAAUAUCAGGUACCUACGUCAAGCCAGAGGGAUCAAGAUGAAGAAGUGGAAGAAGGCUGUGUAGUAGUAGUAGACUGCGAUGAAGGUGAAGGUGGAGGCAACCAUCAGGCUCAAGAAGAAGAGGAAUUCGAGCCAUACGAGGAAAUGGACGAGGAAGAAGAGAUGCCUUAUGAGGUUGAAGUUGAGGCAGAACGGGAUAAUAAUGAGGUGGAAAUUAUCAUGGAGGAGGAUUCCACUCCCGAAGUUCCUAGACAAGGUCAAGCAUCUAUUCCUACUAAUCAGCAACAAUCUGAAGCUAUUAGCAGCGCUGGUCCGACUGGAGAGCCACCGACGUCCUUCACGACCAGAGCUAGAGGAAUCGCGCCUAUGCCGAGACAGCAGCAACAGCAACAUCUUCUUCUGCCACAACCAGGUUAUGAAGACGGCGGCGAUGAUUGUAUCGUCCCUAGCACACCAACUCUCUUCGUUCCUCGUCGCGAUGGCUUUGGCGAAGCUGUGAGCUCUCCACAAGUGCCUCAAGCACGUUUCACCUUCGGCGAUCAUUCGGCGCCUACGACAGCCUCAUCAACACCGUCGCUAACAACACCCACAGGCUCUAUCACUAGAACUAUAUUUGGUUCUUCCAGUUCUACAGUGGCUCAAGUUGUUCAAGAAAGCAUGGACGAUAGUAGGAUAGAUUUGACGCAGCUAGAGGACGGUGGAACUGGUCGCAGCGUUCCUACAACUCCUCUUCAGGUCUCUCCAGCUGCGGAUUUGCCACCCUCGACUAGUAGUGGCCAAUCCGAGGAACAAGAAACCGCGUCUGUAACACCCGUUUCCGUAACAGCCACUUCUGGUGAUAAUGUUGAGGAACCUGGUAUUCCUAAUAUUCGCAUUGUUGGCGCCGAUGAUCAGCAACGUGGUUCUACUGAAGCCACAGAAUCUAGCGCAACUCCAAGUGAAGGAGUGAGUUCAGAGGGUGAAAAGCGACCGGAAGAACCGAUGACCUUAGCAUCCGGCGAGGACGAUACCGUGGAUACGGUGGAAGUAACGGAAGAAGCGGGAAGCGACCUUGUCGAAGAUGAAGUCGAAGAAGAGAGUCGCGAGGCAGAAGCUUCACCAUCCAGUAACACUCGUCAAAGGACAAUGGCAGCUAGUCUGGCAACCGCGAGUGAUCCCAACGGUACUAGAGGAAUGACCGUGAGACGAUCACAGAGGUCGACCUUCAGAGUAGCGAGAGGUGCGAGGCCUACACCGAUUGUGUGGGGAGAUAAUCAAUCGGGUAGAGGACAAUCUGUAAUGCGAGGACACAGCACUAGAGGAACCGGUAACGAGGGCGGACGAGGACGAGGGACGCGAGGACGACGAAUGCGUUCGAAAUAUCCUUACACUCGAUACUCGUAAUAUCGCAGAGCGUCUUCUAUGUCUUCAGAGGAUGGACUCACGUGGCGCCGAAAUAAAUCUGUAAUUUUUGGACGGAAGUAGCUCGAUGAAUGGGCGAGAAGCUACAGGCCAAGUAUCGGUCGACUGAGAUUUUCCCACUGGCAUACGUGUAUUUAUAUAUGGAAGAGCUUGCACACGCAUGCCUCACGCGAGAGCACGCGUAAAGUCCGGAUCGUGUCUGCCUUUCACGAUGAUUCCGCUUUAUUGUGCAACCGUUGUUCCCGCUUAAUGCACGACCAGCUAUCGCUGUUUAAUCCCUCGUAUCUGGAAUAAUAAUUCUCGCAGAUAAUCGAAUUGUCAAGUAUCAAUAUAACAUCAAUCCUAGCAAACACCAACUAAUAGUUAUAUAAUUGUUAGUUAUAA